AUUCUCACUCUGAUGACUCUGCUGCUGCAGUCAUAGGCCCCGCCCCCUCCGAGACAUUAGCUGUCCAUGCGUCCUUUCGGCAUUCUCAUUGGCUGCAUUCGGCCCAGCUGUCCGAUGUGACCAAUCACGGAGCUCCGUCCCGCCGCUGCUCCGUGUGUCCACACACUGAGCACGUGCAGCUCAAUGAGCGGUAACGGGACACCGGAGAGCCGGAGCGGCGGUAUAAAAGACCCCAGGACCGUUUACUGACACACAAACAGAGCCGAGCGACCGCAGCAGCGAUAUAUGUGUUCCAAGCGUGAUUUACUGCAUCAGUCUAGAUUUGUUCAUCAAAUUUAACUCAAUACUUGUUGUCUCUUUUAUUUUAUUUACAUCGUGUUGAAAUAGUUUUAUUUUGUAGCUGACUUCCUGUCAGUCCGUCAUGGUUCUGGCUCCGGUCAACAAGCUCCGGCUCUUCCAGCUUCUCUUCUCGGACCCCGGCCGGCUCUUCUACAGCAGCGGGGAGAAGCUGUCCGGCUCCGUGCGGCUGGAGGCGGCUCAGCCCUGCAGGGUGACCGGCCUCAGGGUCACCGCCGCCGGCUGCGCCCGCGUGGAGCACCGCGGCGGAAAGAACCGCAAGACCCGCAGCCAGGAGGUGGAGUACAUGAAGUAUGAGGAGGAGCUGAGGCUGGAGGAGGUGCUCAGCAAAGAUGCUGACGGCUGCUUCCUGCUGCAGGCUGAUAAAACGUACAGCUUCCAUUUUGGCUUUGAGCUGCCGGCAGCCGGCCGUCUGGUGUCGUCCUACAAAGGAAAGUUCGGUUACGUGCGUUACUAUGUGAGGGCGGUGCUGGACAGGCCAUCCCAGCAUGCUUUGCAGUGUGAGAGGGAGUUCGAGGUGGAGGAGCCGCUGGACGUGAACCGACCCGACCUGCUGGCUCCGGCUGCAGCCUCCGCUCAGAAGAAGGUCACCUGUAUGUUCAUACCUGACGGCCAGGUGUCCAUCAGCGCUCAGAUCGACAGGAAGGGUUUCUGCGAGGGAGAAGAGAUCCACAUCAAUGCCAAGUUUGAGAACACCUGCUCACGGAUCGUCGUGCCGAAGGCCGCCAUCAUCGCCAAAACCUCAUACGUCGCAGACGGACGCAUCAAGGAGCUGCAUCAGAAGCUGCUGGCGGUCCGAGGAAACCACAUCAUCUCCGGGAUGUGCGACAUGUGGCAGGGGAAGACCAUCAGAGUCCCCAAACUCAAGCCCUCGCUGCUCGGCUGUGACAUCAUCAAGGUGGACUACACCCUCAGGAUCUCACUGCACAUCCCGGGCAGUAAGAAGCUGGAGCUGGAGCUGCCUCUGGUCAUUGGGACGAUCCCGUUCAGCGGCGUCGGCAGCCGGACCAGCAGCAUGAGCAGCCAGGCCGAGUCCCUGAUGAGCCAGACCGGGUCCCUGAGCAGCUGGUCCUCCUUCCCUUCGGCCCCGCCCAGCUACAGCAACAUCCACAGAGACCUGAGGGUGGAUGGCCCCCGCACCCCCCUCCUCCACGACUACGACGGUGGCGAGGAAGACGAGGAGGAGGGGCUCUACAUGAGAGCGCCUGAACUGUACCACUCCCCUCCCCCUGCCUACAGUGAGGUGGAUCAGGAUGCAGUGAACCCUCCUAAGACUGUUCAGGUCUUCUGAGGAGGAUGACCUCAUGGUUCCCCCGCCCCCGUCGGGUCCGAUCCCUCGGACCUACAGCUCCAGGACCAGGACUGUACCAGCUCCAUGACGAUGACUCAGCAGUUUUGUCAGGUUGUUAAAAGUGUUUUUUAUAUUUGUCGUUAAAUGUUGUUGUAAAUAUUCUGUAAAUAAGAACAGAAGUUUAUUUUUAUAUUCAAACAAUAAAUCAGUUUCAGUCUUUUAA